UUCGUGGCCGCCGUUCGCUUCGAGUCGCUUGCAUCGCUUGUCCAUUCGUACGCUCGCUCGUCCCAGUUCGGCACAGUCUGCGCUACGAGUGAGUUCGGGAGGUUGCGGAUAUCGAAAGGAAACUACGUGCUGUCGCGGCGAUAUCGAUAUCAAUAUCCGUCGCGCCGUGAGAAAGAGAAUCGAAGCACCUGACGCAUCCAGCUCCAUUCGUCGCUGAGUGACAUAGUUAUUUGCGAGCUGUUGUGUUGGUGAAAUGUUGUCGCGCCGACUUCCUGUGGUGCAUGGCGAGGGCUCGUAGCGAGCGUCGUCGUCGCCGUCGUUUCUGCUGAACGAUCCCGAAACGCGGAGCCGCGUUUUCACGCCGAGAGCGGUUACUUCGACGCGGAAACUUAUCAGCCAUUUUCCAAGAACUUCUGUGCGACCUCGUCGCUCUUAUACACUCACCAGUCGCGCGAGAAGCGUGAUCGGAGAGCAACGCAAGCUCGAAGUCGCGUGUUAGCGCGGACGUUGCACGCAUUCACGAUACGAGCGGAUAAAAGGAUGAUCAACAUGGAAACGGACAAGAUUAUCGACGAUACGAACGCCAGUCUGCAGUAUCCGAUGACAAUACUGUACGAUCCUAGUUGCAAGAAAGAACCGUCUACGGGGGUGUCCACGCAGUAUGGACAGGAAAGAGAAAUCUGUAUGAAGUUCUUCGAAAGAUGGACCGAGCCGGAGCAAGUGCACUUUGUCGAACAGCUGUUAGCGCGAAUGUGUCAUUAUCAGCAUGGGCAUAUCAAUGCGUAUCUCAAGCCGAUGUUGCAGAGAGACUUUAUCUCACUUUUGCCAAAAAAAGGACUGGAUCACGUGGCAGAAAGUAUUCUCUCGUACUUGGACGCCAAGUCGCUAGUUUCCGCCGAGUUAGUAUGCAAGGAAUGGCACAGAGUGAUCAGCGAAGGGAUGCUCUGGAAGAAGUUGAUCGAGCGCAAGGUUCGGACGGAUUCGGUUUGGAGAGGGUUGGCUGAAAGAAGAGGAUGGAUACAAUACCUCUUCAAACCGAGACCGGGCGAGAGUCAUCCCAAUCACAAUUUCUACAGGUCUCUCUAUCCGAAAAUCGUCAAAGACAUCGAAAGUAUAGAGAACAACUGGAGAAUGGGCCGGUUCAAUCUCCAGCGAAUCAAUUGCCGUAGCGAGAACUCGAAGGGCGUCUACUGCCUGCAAUACGACGAUCAAAAGAUUGUUUCCGGGUUGAGAGACAACACGAUUAAGAUCUGGGAUAGAAAUACUUUGCAGUGCAUCAAGGUGUUAACGGGACACACGGGUUCCGUACUGUGUUUGCAAUAUGACGACAAAGCUAUAAUAUCUGGUUCAUCGGACAGCACCGUAAGAGUUUGGGAUGCUAACACGGGCGAGAUGGUCAACACGCUCAUUCACCAUUGCGAGGCGGUGCUGCAUCUUAGAUUCAACAACGGCAUGAUGGUUACUUGUUCAAAGGAUCGUUCAAUAGCAGUUUGGGAUAUGACGUCGCAGACGGAGAUUGCGUUGAGAAGAGUGUUAGUGGGACACAGAGCAGCAGUAAACGUGGUCGAUUUCGACGAGAAAUAUAUAGUUUCUGCCAGUGGUGAUAGGACUAUCAAAGUAUGGAACACGUCUAACUGCGAGUUCGUGCGAACGUUGAAUGGACAUAAACGCGGUAUAGCGUGUUUGCAAUAUAGGGAUCGCUUAGUAGUUAGUGGUAGUAGUGACAAUACCAUACGACUGUGGGACAUCGAGUGCGGCGCAUGCCUACGUGUUCUAGAAGGCCACGAAGAACUAGUGAGAUGUAUUCGAUUUGAUAGCAAGCACAUCGUCAGCGGCGCUUACGAUGGCAAAAUUAAAGUUUGGGAUUUGGUAGCAGCUCUAGAUCCUCGUGCCGUUGCCAGUACACUUUGCUUGCGCACCUUAGUGGAACACACAGGACGUGUAUUUCGUCUUCAAUUUGACGAGUUCCAGAUUGUCUCAUCCUCCCACGAUGAUACGAUACUCAUUUGGGAUUUCCUUAAUUACAAUCCCUCAAGUGGCAGUGUAUGCAGUGGACGUUUACCAAUGGAUGGAGCGCCAAUUCAAUCUGACACUAGAUCUCCCUCCCCAUUUGAGUGACGCAUCAAUACGGAGAUUCCUUUAUUGUGAUAUAAUUACAAGUGGUUAGUGAGUGAAUCCAAUGUGUUCACGACUAUGUGCGCAAAGAAUGAAAUGCCGGAAUGAUGAGGAGUAUUCAGUGAGAACGGUAGUUGAAUCAGCAGAACAAUUAAACGACUACAGAACCGUUUGACGAGAGAGCUUGGUUGGUCAAUGACUUUGGUUUAUUGUUUGCUGGCAGAAAAAAAAACAGCAAGAAAAUUCUCCAAGAAAUAGGAAAGUAAAACGAACACUGACCUGCGUGUAACUAUAAAUUAUAAUUUAUAUAUGCGCUUGACGCACCCGCGUUUAGGAACGAACAGUAUGUUUAAAGCCGCAUAAAUACAUCCUAUGGAUGUAAACGAUUGUCGUCGUUUGCUUUGGCCAUAUCUGAAAUUCUUCUACGCUCUACAACAUGAUAGAAAUCAAGACCAUUUUCCUAUGAUAACAAAAAUGAGAGAAAAAAAAGAAAGAAAGACUUACAAAUACGUAAUGAAACGAAAUGUUUUAGGGAGGCUGGAUACCAUACUUAAUAAGAUGUUAGAUGUAUUAUAGUAAAUUAAUAAUUUUUUUUAUAUAAUUAAUUUAUGAGAGAUAAGAAAAUUGUAAAAUGUUUGAUUGGAGUACUUAUUCUGUGUGAAUGUGCAAAAGGAAAUUGUUACAUGAAAGGAUCAUCGUGUUGCACCGUCUUUCGAAAAUAGCCGAUACGACGUGUUAUGUAUAUCCCGUUUAGAUUCAUAAAAAAAGAUCAUUAAUUGAACGUAUAACAAUUUUUGUAGACAUAUUUGAACUUUGUCAGACUUAUGUUGUUUAAAAAAGCAAUUGAGGAGUCGGCAACCCUCUGCACAGCCGUUUGGCACAAUGCCAUUUGCAUUUAAAAUAUAAAAAUUAUUACAUCAGGAUGUAAAUAUUAUUAUUAUUAUUAAUUAUUAAUUAUUAUUAUUAUUAUUCAUAUGGAGAAAGUGUAGUGUGUCAUCGUAAAAAUGAUCUUAGCUAUUGUAAAAAAAAGGCAGAAGAAAAGCUACUAUUAUCAUAUCUUGACUAUUGAUCUCGUUUAGAUCAUUUUAUUCGCGUUUUUAUACGAGAUAUAGGUUUCCCAUUUUUAUAUUAGUCUAAAUUAUCAAUUUGUUUGUAAUAUAUAUUGAUAAAUGCUACUUUUUCCUUUAGAUUGUUAAAUUUUUCAGCGAUUUGGUAUUUCACUGGAAUUUCAAGGAACACUUCAAAUUCAACUAUUAUAAACGCAAAUAAACGAAAUAUAUUCCUAUUUAGAUUUAUAUUUAUGUACAUAACUGAGUAUAUAUAAAGACCAUACGUAGUCAAGUGUGGCAUCACUCUAAAACGCCCGAAUGGUUGUGACGUUAUGAAAUUUCUGCUUCCGCUGUGAGCGCGCCGCUAGUAAUAAUAUAUAUACAUACGACAAUCCAUAUAUACAAUAUUACAUUAAAAUAAUAUAUGCAUUAUUAAUGUAAUAUUCUAUCAUUACUAGCGCGAAGCGUUCGCGAAAUAACGGAGCUAAAAUUUCGGCGAUAUCGCACGAUAUUUUGAGCGUUAUCACAGAUAUCCUCAAAUGUUUGAUAGUAAACAGUUCUACAGUGUAACUACUGAAAGUGUGAUACCGAAAAGCAAAGUGAAAUACCGAAUUACGUUCUCCAAAUAUGUAGCGUUUCGUUAAUAAUGGUCAGUAAAAAAACAGAGCAAUCUAAUAUAACGCUUAUAAACAUCUAUUAAUAAAUGUAAUGGAACACAGAACGAUUUUUGUCACGGAAAAUAAUAAUACAUAUUUCAAGAUGUAACAUCAUAAUGAUUCGAAUGUUUCAGCCCUGCAAUAAGACGUUCAAUAUAAGAAAGAGAUUUACAUUUUCAUUUCAAUGUAUGUGACAUUAAUUUCCGAGUUUUAUACGAGCUGUGUACACAGAACGCAAUUUACAUGUUUAAUACACGUGGACAUAAUAAGGCAAUAUAUUGCAGUUCUACAUCCAACAUUUAGACUAUGUGAAAUUUGUUUACUCUUAUAAUAUGCAAUUUGAAAAAAGAGAAAUAUAGGUGGAUAUUUGUAUAUAA